AUGAAUAAUAGACAUAAUUAUAACGAAUACAGUUUGAGAAGAAGCAUCAACAACGCGUUACGUAAUAAAUCGAAUCACCUAAAAAAUGGUGCAAGUAGUAAUAAGAAUAGUACACUAAAAAAAUUUGUACCAAAUAUAGACAAUUUAAAAAAUGAAAAUAAAAUAAAAAAUGAUGAAGUAGAUAAAUUAGAAGAUAGUUUAAGCAAUAAAAGUAUUCAAGAGUUAAUAAAAAAAACAAUUAGCGUUGAUUUACAAAAAGAAACAAAAAAAAAUGAAAAUUAUUUUAAUAAUAAUAAAAUAAUUAAUAAAGUUUCUCCUUUUCAAGGUAUAGAAGAAACUUUAAAUGAUAAAGUAAACUUACAAAACGAAGAGCAAUUAAAAGAAAAUAAUAAUGAUGAUGAAUGCAUAGACCAAAAAUCUAUUGACAUAUAUGAGUUAAAUAACAUAAGUAAAAAUAUUUUCUAUAAUAAAAAAUGUAUAUCUUCUGAUGUUCAUUUCUUGCCUUUGACCUUACCCUUCUUUAAUAAUAAUGAAAAGCAAAAGAAAAUAAGAAAAUUAUUUUUAAAUAAGGAACCAUUCUUUUUUUAUAUCCAGUUACCUAAUAUGCUACCAGCAGUUAUUCAAAAUGAUGAUAAAAAUGAAGCUAAAGAGAAUAUGAAGCAAAAGGGAGAAAAAGACGGGAAAAAAGAUUUGCAAACAGGUAAAGGUGAUGCACAAAAAGACGAAAAAGAAGAAAAGGAAAUAAAACAUGGGAACAAAAAAUUUGAAAAACCCGAUAAAGACGCUUACAAGCUUAGCAAUAUAAACACAAUACCUAAUGGAAAAUUUGCAAAGCUAAUUAUAUAUAAGAACAAAAAAAUUAAAAUGAAAAUUAACGACAUUUUAUUUGAUGUUAAUGAAGGAUCGGAAUGUACGUUUUCACAAGAAAUAGGUUGUUACAUAAAGGAAAAUUCCGAGUUUAUUUUCUUAGGAAACUGCGAUAAUAAAGUAGUUGUUACUCCAAAUAUAGAAAGAAUAAUAAAUAAUAAAUAA